AUGUCCGGCGAGUCCAACAACAUAGCCGACUGGCUCAGUAGAUGCGCCGGCGACGACGAAGGAGACGACGCACUAUUGGACCGGAUAUCACUGAAGAUCGCAGCUGUGUGGGCACCCCGACUGCUCAACCUCCCUGCACCCCCGACAAAGGAAGACUUCGUCAAAGCAUAUGCCGAGAAGGGGAACCCAAACCUGCGAGGUCUCCACUACAACAGCCUGUGGUGGAUCCAUCAGGACAAAGAAGACCUACGUUCCGCCAGUUGCGCACACGGCUGGUCAUCGCAUUCCACUUCGGUCCGAGCGGCCACCUGGGAGCCGGCAAGACGCGCAAGAGGGUCAAUACACGCGGGAGGCGCCGACUGGUAUAUCCUCGUCAUCAUAGACCACGCGACCCGAUAUAUGAUGGCCAAAAUCAUUUCAACGUUGGAUGCCAUGCAGACCUUCAGGACCUUCUAUCGGCACUGGGUAGUCCCGUUCGGGCCCCCGGGAAUGGUACUGACGGACAACGGCAACAGCUUCCGAAAAACCUUCCGCGCCAAGGCAACGUACCAGCUAGGAUGUAAGCACCUGACCGCCGCGCAGUACCGACCGCAAGCAAAAGGCAUCAACGAAGUCUCUCACCAAGAACUACACAACGUACUCAAGGCCCCACGGCAAGAAAGCAUCAGAGACAUAGAACUAACGGUAGAUGCAGCCACUCGCCCGCACAACGUAACGCCCCACUCCGCGAUAAACACGUCCUCGUACGAGGCAGUCUUCGGCAAACUCCCCAUCCUGGACAAAAUGCAGGACAUGACCCCGCUGAGCUCGGAACAAGAACGCAAGCAAGUGCAACAACAGGUGCUCCGAGAGCGAAUGGCCGAGUCUCUCCCCAGAGACCGGCUGUUAGAGGAAGACCCAUCCACCGACCUACAACCAGGAGAUAUCGUCGUGGUGAUCCGGAUUCCGCCCAGGGGCGUAACGACCUCAAAGAAAAAUUUUAUACAUAUCUUGGUCACAACUCACAAGGUCUUCCCUCCGCCUUCUGUUGCUAAUUAA